AUGGACCACGUGAAGCUGAAUGAGCUGCAGGUGCCCUCAAGACCAGGUGCCAUGGCGGGGGGAUGCUUCGGCCUGUGCCGGCUGCUCCGGGGGAAGAGGAAGAACAGGAGAGGCCCUGGAGCUGGCCCAGCACAGGAACCGGAGGAGGAGGUGCAGCACUUCCAGCCACUGCAGCAGGAUCCAGGCCGGGACCGCCCAGAAGAGCAGGACCGCGCCCGUGGCCGCUUGCGCAGGGCACUUCAGAGGUUGCUGAAAUUCAUGAGACUUCGGCGCAGAACAGCCACAACCACACCGCCCGAGCUCACGGCACAGCCUGACACCAGCGCAGCCGAGCUUGAGGUGCAGCCUGAUGGCAGCACUGCACCGAGUGACUGUGCAGCCAGCGGUGACAUGGAACUGACUGAUGGCACAGCAACCUCAGACAUGGCAGCAACUGAUGGCACAGACACCACCAACAUGGCAGCCAUUGAUUGUGCAGCGAACUCUGCCACGGCACCGGUUGAUGGCACUGACACCUCUGACCAGACACCGGUUGAUGGCACAGCAAACGCAGACAUAGCACCUCUCGAGGGCACAGCCACCUCUGACACGGCACUGACCGACACCAAGACAAGCUCUGCCACGGCACCUACUGAUGUCGGGGCCAAGGUUGACGCCACAACUGAGAGCACCGCAGACACUGACUGCAUGUCCAUGCACAGUGUCACUGAUGCUCCCAGGCUGGACAUUUUGGAGGAGAAAACUGUCUCCAAUGCAGAUGAAGUGCCGCCCAUUGUCAGAUCCAUCCACCAGUGGCUCACGUGCCAGGAGUCUGCAGAGGUCAGGCCGCCCAUUGCCAUCCGCAGGCUGGCCCACGCACACCCUGGGCACGUGGUGACAACUCUCCUGCACUGUGCCCCAGCGUGUGACAGAGCUGCUGCAAUCCUGUGGAGGACCAUCGCCUCCUCGGCCACCACAGCACACAAGGUGCUGCCAACGCUGCUCGGGGUGAUGGAGGACUGGCCACUGCACAGCGUGUCCACCUCCAACGGGGACCACAUGGAUGUCUUUGCCCUGGCUGCAACCCUGGCCCUGUGGCUGAUGGUCCAGGAGCCCCAGUGCCAAGAUGCACUCUUGGUUUAUGCCCCUCUUCUCAUCCUGGCUCUGCUCUGCCAAGCUUCUAUGAGCACAGAGCAGAUGCCAGAGGAGGUCACCACCUUCUGGAGGGGAUGCCAGGAGCAACACGGCCUUCCCACCCACCCCAACAGCUUUGUGGUCCAGACCAUCCGGGUCCUGCUCUGCCGGCUGCAGCGGGACCAGGUGCUGGUGUCAGUGGAGCGCAAGCGUGGCUGGGACGCGCUCCUCUCUGCUGACACCCACCACUACGCGGUGGGGCUGCUGGCCAGGGAGAUGCGCCGCGUGUUGGGCCCCUCCUAUGGCCUGCUGGCAAGGCACCUGCUGGGGCUGCUCAGCAGGGAGGGGCCCCGCUGGGAGCUGCCUGCCCUGGCCUUCCUUGUCGAGGUCCUCGACUACCUGGAUGUGAGCACCUGUCACGACAGUGUCCUGCAGAUGCUGGCAAGGCACCUGCAGAGCCAGUGCCCAGAGAGGCGGCGCCUGGCUCUGCGAGGGCUCCUGGUGCUCAGCAGGGAUUCCUCAAUGGCCAAAGGCAUCUGCAGCCUGUCUGAGCACCUCCUGGAGCUGCUGCGUGAUGGAGAUGGAGAGCUGGUCGCCAUGACCCUCUCCACGUUCCUGAAUGUGCUCCAGGAUGAGCAAGACAGGGAGGGACUCAGCUCCACUGCCCCGAGGCUGGCUGAGGCGCUCCGGCCACUCUUUGACAACGACAACAGCCACGUGCAGCUGCUCUCCAUUCGCCUCUUCCGAGAGGUGAUGGAGCUGCUGGCGGAAGAGGGAACAGAGCCCUGGGAGAUGCAGGUGCGCCAGAGCCUGGUCCCACUGUUCUUCCGCUGGCACGACGAGAACCAGCGCGUGGCAGAGGCCGCUCGGGAAGCGCUGCUCUGGGCUGCAAGCUUCCUCAAGAGGAAGGACCUGGAGCAGCUGCUGAAGACAGGGCAGCCCUUCAGGUUCCGUGACUACCUGUUCGCUCCCCUGUCUUCCCCGACCGCCCCCCCCUCUCUCCCCUCGCCGCCCCACUCACCACUCUCACCCCUCUCUCCUUCCGCCGCCCCUCCGGGAGGGCGGGAUCGAUCGCGGGCGGGCGUCACCAACCCAAGAAGCAAAGCGGCGGCCCCGCGGGGGCGGCCCGCGGGUGAUUGA